AUGUUCAGGGGUCCGAAGCCCCCCAUUGCCCCCAAGCCCAGGCUGACUGAGUGGAGAGCCAGUGUGUACCUGAAUGACAGCUUGAACAAAUGCAGCAACAGGCGGCUGCUCUGUGUAGACAGGGGCCUUGAUGAAGGGCCCUGGUCCAUCCCCAAGUGCUCUGAGUCAGAGACUGACGAGGAUUACAUCGUAGUCCCCAGGGCUCCGCUGAAGGAGGAUGAACCCAAGGAUGGGGGCAGUGCGGGAAAUGCAGCCCUGGUGUCUCCGGAGGCCUCUGGGGAAGAGGAAGAGGAGAGUGAGGAGGGAGGCGAGGCAUGUGGCCUGAAGGGGACAGGAGCUGGGGAGGACUCGGUGGCCCCUGCUGCUCCAGGGGCAGGAGUGCUGAGCAGGGAGGGUGAGGAAGGCACAGACCUCGCUCCUGAGGAUGAAGGGGAGGGCCACGCUGAUGAACCAGGGACACUGGAGCAGGUGUCCGGAAGUGAGGAGGAAGAGAAGCUGGUGCAGCCACACAGGGAGAGCAGCCUGGAGGAUGGUGGGCCUUGGGCUGGAGAGGCAGUCUUCCAGAGCGACCUCCUCCUGCCUCACAUCCAUGGAGAGGAGCACGAGCCCCCCGACACCCACCAGGAGGCAGAGGAGGAUGAUGACGAAGGUUGUGCCAGCACAGACCCAGCAGGGGUAGAUGAGGGUUUGGGUCCUGACAGGCCCCCUGAGGACAUGAAACAGGUUGCUGAGGAAGCCAGCAAGGAGCCUCCUGAGAAGGAGCCGGCCAUGGGGGUCCAGGAGGCAGAGAUGGCCACAGACAGCCCUGAGGUUCUUGAGGAGGGAUGGGAAGAAGCAACAGGUGUCACAGUUGGGGAGCAGGUUGACUUCAGUGAACCACCUGACCACGAGGAGGAAACCAACCAAAAAGUGGCAGCUGCCACCCUGGAGGACUGCGCACAGGAUAAUCCUGCAGAGGAGAGCUGCCAGAUCAUCCUUUUCCAGAACAACUGCAUGGACAACUUUUCUCUCACAGGAAGCCCCUACGAGUUCUUCCCAACCGAGAGCACCUCUUUUUGUAGUGAGAGCUGUUCUCCUCUUUCUGAGUCAAUGAAAGGCUUAGAAUCAGAGCAGGCACCAAAGUUGGGGCUGUGUGUGGAGGAGGACCCCGUGGUCAGAGCUUUGUGUGGCCAGCAUGGCUCCCUGCAAGAUGGAGCAGCAGAGGGUCCUACAGCCCCUGAUGUGGUGGUCCUGCUGAAGGAAAAGGUCUUCAUGGAUGACAUGCUGGCCAACCCCUAUGUGAUGGGAGUGGGCCUGCCAGGAGGAGGAGGGGAGGAGGAGGAAGGGCAGGCUGCAUUGGAUGCCCUGGGUUAUUAUGGCUCAAAAGAAGAAAUGAACUGUGAAGCAGAAGGUAGCCUGGUCUCCGUGGACAGGAAGAACAUUGGCACAAGGGCCUGGCCCCACUUUGGGAAGGGGGCCGAAACCAUCCCAGAAACUGCCCCCAAAGAAACCAGAUCUGAGCUAGGUUCCUCAGCCCCUGGCAUCAGAGGUGCUGCAGAGGAGGCAGGAAAGCUUUUGUCACUGGAAGGGAAGCCCCUGGAAGCCAGUAGGGCCUUGCCAGCAAAGCCCAGGGCCUUCACUUUAUACCCUCGGUUGUUUUCCAUGGAAGGCCAAGAGAUUCCUGUUCCCAUCUCUGUGAACUGGGAGCCAGGAGGAUCAGGGUUAGAUGACCACAGGAUAAAGAGGAAAGAGGAACAUCUCUCUAUCCUGUCUGGGAGUUUCUCCCAGAGAAACCACCUUCUGUCCAGCGGCACCUCCACGCCUUCUUCCAUGGUCGACAUCCCACCUCCUUUUGACCUGGCCUGCAUCACCAAGAAGCCCAUCACAAAGAGCUCUCCCUUGCUGCUUAUCAAGAAUGACUCCCCAGACAAGUGCAAGAAGAAGUCAUCCUUUAAGCAGUUCCUGGCACUGAUGUUUAAGAAGAAGAUGGAGAGACCAGGCAUGACGGAGAGUAAAUUGCACAUGAAGGUGUCUUCCUCCAGGUCCUCUUCAGAAUCCAGCUGCCACGGGCCUUCCAGGAUUCUGGAAGUUGACCAGAGAAACCCCAGUAACUCCCCUCAGCUUAAGUCUCAAACUGGGAAGCUCCAGGCUUCUGAAUCCCCCUCCUCCCUCUUUUAUAGAGAUGGCAAGAGGAAAGGUGUCCCCUUCAGCAGGACCGUGUCCAGAGUGGAGUCCUUCAAAGACCGCUCCCGGCCGCCCUUCCUGCCCUUGCCACUGGCCAAGCCACCAUCUAUCUCCUUCCCCAGCACUGACACUUCAGACUAUGAGAAUAUUCCAGCCAUGAACUCGGACUACGAGAAUAUCCAGAUUCUGCCCCGGAGGCGCAGGGCUGGCAUAUUUAGGAAGCUGUUUGAAGAUCAGAGCAGAUCCCUGUCCAUAGCAAAUGAAAACGAUGGCUACGUGGACAUGAGCAGCUUCAAUGCCUUCGAGAGCAAACAGCAGAGCACGGGCCAGCACGCAGAAAGAGCAGGACCCAGGAUGCAAGACCCUGGGCAUCCCAGAGGUGUUCCACCGUCCCCAGGCCUUCCAAAGAGACAGCGGCAGGACCGCACAGUCUACAACUGGAGACAGCAGGAAGUGCUAGAAAAUCACUUUAAGAAGGAGCCAUACCCAGGCUAUGACACACGACAAAAGUUGGCGGAGAUGCUCAACCUGGGGGAGUACCAAGUGCAGGUGUGGUUCAAGAAUCGCCGGGCCAAACGCUCUCGGGAGCGGUGGUUCCAGCAGCAGCUCCAACAGUUCCAGCAGCAUCCUCAGCAGCAGCAGCCCCAGCAGCAGCUCCAGCCCCAGCAGCAGCUCCAGCCCCAGCAGCCCCAGCAGCAGGUCCAGCCCCAGCAGCCUCAGCAGCCCCAGCAGCAGCUCCAGCCCCAGCAACCCCAGCAACCUCAGCAGCCCCAGCAGCAGGUCCAGCCCCAGCAACCUCAGCAGCCCCAGCAGCAGGUCCAGCCCCAGCAACCCCAGCAGCUCCAGCAGCAGCAGCCCCAACAGGAGCAGCAGCCCCAGCAGCAGUGGCCCUGGCAGCAACAGCAGCCCCAGGCAGGAGGCCAGAGCCCGCAGAGCUCACACUGUGCCCCCUUUCCCUGA